UUCACAGGCACCAAAGUCACUUGCACGACCAGCACCAGAGACAUUAGAAAAGUAUCAAUGCCAGCACCCUCCUUAUUAGGUUUCCCAUGAUGCAAUGACUAUCUGUCAUGGCUGCACACUGAUGUCACACACAUUACAUGGGUUGAAAUACACAAAUGUAUACCAUUGAGUUGAAAUAACCUUCAUUACAGCAGUAAGGGUAUAUAUUGUCAAUUUACAAUUAUGCCGAUCCCGGUUGGAAACAGUAUUGACUUCAUUGUAAGGCUACUGCAAAUCACAUUUGGGGAUGUUGCGGGACGCUGAGAUUCCCGUGCUCCGGGGUUUUCUGAAACCAAGCGACGAGGCAACUGAAUGGAAGCAGAAUGUUUUCAGCGCUGCAGAGGUGGGUCCCGUGCUGCAGUCCAUUUGAACGGGACUUUGAGGCGGUGCUGCUGAGUCCUCAGGUCCUGCCCCUGCUGGGUGGAGGAGAUGCCAUUGAUGCCUACCUGAAGAGACGGGUCCUGGCCUACCUCGAUGACAGCACAGAGGAGGACAAGGCUGACGGGCAGAAACAAUAUCUGGGGAGAUUGCCCUGUUGGCCCAGGCGGUCGCCAGCCUUCACCUCCUUGUCAGAGUAACUGGACAGGUCCCGCUGUCACCAUCCAUGUCCCUGACCUGCUGGCCCAGGCCCUGCUAUCCUCAUUCACUGAGCCUGGGGCCCUGACCUCAGCCCUGCUCGGCAGUCUUCUACUGGAUGGAGAGUCUGUGUACAGACUGGUGUGGAACUCCUUCCUGCUGCUAGCCAGCGUCAAACUGGUCAACUGUGCUAUCAAGCUGGACAGCCUUCAGUAAUGACGUGUGAGCCUCUGUUCUCUGAUGGAACCCUCCAGAACUGUCCAUCCAGUUCCACCAUGAAUGUGGCUUCACCUCUCUGACCUACUAUGAGAACAACCCAGCCAAGGAGCACUUCCAACGGGCCAAGGAACUCUCCUAAUUGGCCUAGAGAUGAACAUGAUAGAACUUCCUUGCCCAGCUGAUCCUGGAUGUCAAGAGUAAGGAGGGUACCCCAGCUCCCGAGCUAGACAUUGAGCUGACCCCUCCCCCACCCCACUGGCCUGCCUGCCCAAGUGCAUACUAUCUCAGCCCAAGUUCUGGGCUGUGGUGACGGCGCUGUGUCUAAGGACCAACCUCGAGAG